CUUUCUUUAGAAGCAAAGAGGAUGACCAUAGGCCAACCUUCAGUCUAUUAAAAAUUCACAGUGCAGUCUCACGCUACCACAUAGAACAAAUGCCCUCCUUAAAUGAAACAAUGAUUAUCAUCUACAUUAGCAUUGCAGUUCUGGCAACAACAGCCCUGGCAAAAGGUUCAGGUGAAUGCAUUUUCUCUGAAUCUUCUGCAACUUGUUUUGGCACUACAGGACAGCCGGUAAUUUUUCGUCUGUCAUAUAAACGUGGUACUUCGAUUGUAACCACGAAGGAUGACAAACACAGGAUUUUGAAAAUAAGCAAUCAAGGGAAAGUUACAUUAGAUAAGGAAUAUGUAAAUCAGUCAGACAGCAUAGACACUGUAAUACUCAAAGUAGGUGAAGCCUCGAAGAAACAUUCUGGACAUUACCAGUUGGAAGAACAUGAUCACAAUGGAAAGUUACUGAAAAAAAUUAAUGUAUAUCUAAAAAUACAAGCUCCAGUGUCAAAGCCAGGACUGUCUCAGAAAUGCUUGUCAUCAGAACAGAUGGAGGUCAGCUGCUUCUCUGAAGGAGAUGGAGUACAAUUUAUUUUGACUUUGGAUGGUCAGAUACUUUCACAAAGCAACAAUCACAACCAGUCUCUAAACAUCAGUACAUCCCAGUUUUCAUAUCUUACUGUCAACUUACAUGGGAAGCAGAAUGGAAACCUUAGUUGCCAAGUUUGGAAUAAUAUUAGCAGAAAUGAAACAGUUAUUCACCUGGCAGCCUGCAAAGAUUCUGUUACAACCUUGACAGUGAUAGCAACUGUCAUCACGCUCUUUAUCGUUGUGGCUUUGAGUUUGGCUGUAAAACACUUUUGUAAAAAAACAAGACCAACAACUGUUGAUGAGGAUGAUGUCGACAGUGACAUAACCUACACAGAUGUUAAAGUGACAAAUGAUAACAAAUUAAACAUAAUUAACUCAAGAGAAUCAGCUGGGAUAGGUUACAGCACUAAUGUUGUCUAUGAAGUGGAUCAGCCAUGAAGAAGAUGGAUUGAUGAAUUUUUUUGCUUGUAUUCCAAAAAUGUUUGUUAUUGAUUAUUUGUUAUUAUGUUUUUCACUGUCGAGUUAUCCUAAUUACUCAAUGAUUCAGCAAUCAAAAGGACUAACAUGAAUGACAAGCAAAACUAUUUUGUUAUUGCUGUGAGUAACAUGGUAACAGAGGACAAACUGAAAGCCCCUGAUCAUUUUUAAACACAAGAUGGAGACCUAUUUGCAUCAUUAUUUUUGUUGAAUAGAUUUUUUUGUAACUGGGUUCCGGAGGCAGUUUAUAAUUUUCGCAAAGAUAGGGAGAUUAAUCAAUUACGCUGCAUUUUUGACGUCUGCAGUCGGGUGCUCUCAUGUUCGCUCCGUUUACGUAGCUCUGUUAGCUCUGUAAUUUAGACCAGCGGUUCCCAACCCCCGGGGCCAUGGACCGGUACUGGUCUGUGAGUUGUUUGGUACCGGGCCGCGAGUGUUGAGGUUCGGGUGUGAAAUUUAUGGU